GGCUGUUAGUUCACGCAGGGACAGUUGCCUAACACUUUGCGCAGAGAUCGACCCCAACUUCAUAUCUCAGAAAGAAGGUUGUGAGGUUUUAUCUCCUGGAGGAAAACGCCCCUCUUCGGUGCGCUUUAUCAGAGGCAGACACGACUCCGCGCUGCUGAGAAGAGAAGACCGGCAGUUUUUGUCUAAAGCUCCAUUUUUGGAAAGUGAGAUGUUCGGCGCCGUGGUGGUGGGUCUGGGAGUGGCUGGAUCGGUCAGAAUCAGGGACAUGUUGGCUCCUUUACCAGGCAGCGCUGCAGAAAAACUCACCAUCAAAGGGUUCAUAUCCAGGAGGAGUAUGGGCCCGCAGCAGGGAGUGGAGCAGGUGUCUGUGUCAGAUGCUCUGAACAGAGAUGACAUCAGCGUGGCCUUCGUUUGCACCGAGAACGAGGCGCACGAGGAGACAGUCAGACAGUUUCUUGAAGCAGGGAAGCAUGUGUGUGUGGAAUAUCCCAUGACCCUAAACUACAAGGCGGCUGUGGAGCUCUGGGACUUGGCCGAAAAAAAUGGAGUAAUUUUACAAGAGGAGCACAUCGAACUGUUCACAGCUGAUUACAAAUGGCUGAAGGAGAAAGUGGAGGGUCAGAGGCUGCAGGAGGGAGCUCUGCAUUUCACUGGUGGUAGUUUGAAGCCACGGUUUGGGUUCUUGGCAUUCAGUGGCAUUGCACGGCUGACGUGGCUUGUGGAACUGUUUGGAUGGCUGAGCGUAAACAAAGCGACUAUAGAGGAAGACCCGAAUAACAACUACAGCAAAAUGACUGCUCACCUGCUGACGAAGGACAACAGAUCUCUCACCUGGAUAGAGGAGCGUGGACCAGGUCUCCCCAGAGCUAAGAACAUAAACUUCAAAUUCGACUCCUUCACGCUGACAGAGCUGCCCCCUCCAGCCAGCAGAGGCGCUGUGGGGCUCUUCAUGCAGGACUUGGUGUUGUUUGGGGCUAAGCUAGCGGGACAGGUGUCAUUAGAGGAGCUUCAGAGGGAGAAGAGGAGAGUCCUGCACUGUCUGAGCCUAGCACAGAAGAUACAAGACCUCUGCCUACAAUAAGCAUUGUGUAUUAUUUUAGGGUUUUGUUUUUAUUUAGGCUAACCCUGGACUAAACCAGGACUAAACUAGGACCAAACCAGGACUAAACCAAGACUAAGUCAGGACAAAACAAAGACUAAACCAGGACUAAACAGAGAUUAGACCUCAACCAGUAUUUUUUUUUUUUUUGUUAAUGGCCAUUGACAAUACCGAUUGUUUAGAAUCCAGAGAAACUCUUCGCACUGAAGUGUUAAAAUCAGACUUUCUGCAUAUUCUUUAAGCAGCAGGUCGGUCAAAACUAAAUAUCAAACUGUGCUUGAGAUUUAAGGCCACACUGGAAAAAGUGCAAAUAUCAGCCUGGUCUAUCUCUAUCUAAAUAAUAAUAAUAAUACAUUUUAUUUAUAACGCACUUUACAUUUGAACAACAAAUCUCAAAGUGCUACAGUGCAAAAAAAAAGACAUUAAAAACAGAAGACAAUUAAAAUCCGUGUAAAAGCAAUAAAACAAUAGCCGGUGUUUAUCUGUAGGCCAAGGUAAAAAGGUAGUCCUCUUUUAAAAGCAUCCCCCGUCUGUGGAGCCCUGAGAUGGUCUGGGAGGGCGUUCCACAGAUAGGGAGCAGCCACUGAGAAGGCUCUGUCGCCCAUGGUCUUGAGCCGUGUCCUGGGCAUGACCAGACGGUGCUGAUGGCCUGACCGAGUCUUAGUGGAGGUGUGUGGUGUGAGCAGUUCAGUGAGGUAAGGGGGGGCCGCACCGUGGAGACAGUGAUGGGUGUGCAAGAGGACUUUGUAUUGAAUGCGGAAGUGAAUGGGGAGCCAGUGCAGAGAGUGAAGAAUGGGGGUGAUGUGCUCGUGUUUACGCACCCUCAUCAGGACCCUGGCAGCGCUGUUUUGGGCAUACUGGAGCUUUUGAAUGCUCCUGCCAGAGAUCCCGAUGAGGAGUGCGUUACAGUAGUCAAGCCUGGAGGAGACAAAGGCAUGGACGAGCUUCUCUGCAGCAGGGAGGGAGAGAGAAGAGUAAAGUUUGGAGAUAUUACGAAGGUGAAAGAAGGCAGUUUUGCAGAUGGAGGUGACAUGAUUGUCAAAGGAGAGGUGGGGGUCAAAUUUGACCCCAGGACUAAACCAGGACUAAAUCAGGACUAAACCAGGACUGUCCAUUUGAUGACUUUGGUCAUGGAGAUAAGUUGUUUGGUCUGGACUGACCGAACAGUGAAGUAAAUAGAACUAAAUACUGUCCGUGGGAUGUCUCUAAAUACUACAUUCAUAUGAACAUAUCCGUGUCCUGUCGCACUGUUUGGGAAUUGUGGUUAAGAUUUUUAACAUUAACAAUCACGCACAAGCCAUUUCUGAUUGCCAACAACUUGAAAUUGUGUUUGUGAAUGUAAUUAAACCAAUAAAAACAGUAACUGUUUU